AUGUAAGAAAUUAAUGAAUAAUCAUUAGAAGAUCUUAGUAAAGAAGUAUUAGUUUCAUAAUUGAAGGAUAAAGUAUUUAAUACUUAAUAAAUGAUAAGAUAAAAGAAAACAAAACCAUCACUAAAAAAUUAGAUAAAUUAUCAGAGAAAUAUGUAUAGACCUAUAAAGAGUAUAAAUUAAUUGCUAAAGACAGAGAAACUUUAUUUUAAGCUAUCUCAUUAGUCUUAAAUGAUGAAAUUUACAAAUUUGAAUAGAAACCUUUGGGUUUUAUAUAUUAUUAAAAAUAGGUUAAUUUGAUCAAAAUCAAAUUAUUGAUUUAUUUAAGUAAAAGGAUGAAGAUAAAUCUAAAGCAUUAACAAGUUUAAUCAAAGAAACAAAUAAUGAGAAAUUUUAAUUAGAAGAAAAAUAUAGAUAAAUGAUUGAGAAACAAGGUUAAAAUAGUGAUCAAAAGACUCAAUAAAUUAUUAAAUAACUAAAAUAAUAGAUUAAUGAUUUAGAUGUAAAUAAUACUAGAUUGGCAAAAGAGAUUAUUGAAUUAAAUGAUAUCAUAUAGAUUAAAAAUUAAUAAUUACAAACCCUUCAUUAAUUGGAAGAAGAUUGUGCAAAUUUAAAAACGUAAUUAAUGGUUUAAGAAUUAUAAUUAUAAUAACCAGAUAGAGUAAAUAAAAUAAAUUCAUCAGAUCUUAUGAAUGAAUAAUUGAAAUUUAAAUAAUAAAUUGAUAAAUUAUUAGAAGAAAUUCAAAAACAGAAAAUCAAAAUAUAGGAUUUAGAAUAAUAAUUAUAAUUUAAAAAAUAAGCAGAAAUAGAAAAAGUAAAUUAACAAUAGAACUAUUAAACUCCAACACCUGAUUAUGAUGAAAUUAAUCCAUUUGAAUAGGAUGCUACUUUAAAAUAAUAAUACUUUAUCCCAAAUAAAUAGCUAUUAAAUUAAUAGAUCUAAACAGAUCAAAUUAUUUUAAAUAAAGAGGAUGGGGAUAACAAAAAUGCAAAUUUUGAAUAUUUAAAGAAUGUUGUAUACAAAUACUUUUUAUACUAAGAAACUAGAAAUUAUAAAGAAGCAACUAUUUUAAUGAAUGCUAUUAUGACAAUUUUAAAAAUGUCAAAUGAAGAGAAAAGAAGAAUUGAUUAAGCUAGAGAAAGGGGUUUCUUAAAAAAUGCCAAGAAUCUCAUAAGUGAUAGUUUUGCUUGUCUCAAAUAACCCCAAUUAAAUGAUAUGAGUUUGGAACGACCAAUUAGUAGAGUUGAGUAAAUGAAUAAACAUAUGAUGAAUUGA